ACUCACCAGAGUCUCGGGACUUAGGUGAAAAAAGGAAACAUACGUAUAAUUGAAAAAAAGAGAGGUUAAUUUAGUUAUGUUUGCUAGUAUUUAAUUUAUAUUUUGAAAAAUGGCGAGGUCUAGGUUUAGAGCGCGAGACGACGGGACGUGGGACAGCGGCAACUCCAGACGACGGCAAAGGCAGCAUCGGAGGACUGGGGAGUUUCGGAAUUGGAAUCAGGGACAGUCGUUCUUCUUUUAUAAUUUCCCAGACAAUUGGGACGCAAAGGCUUUGUGGCAUCGGUUUCAAGAGUGUGGAAGGGUCGGUGAUGUGUUUGUGCCAGCAAAGAGGGACAAAUGGGGGAAAAGGUUCGGUUUCGUCAGAAUGUUAGGGGUGCAGGAUGUUCAAAAUCUGGAAGGGAGAUUGAAUCAGAUCUGGAUUGGUUCUUAUAAGCUGCGAGUAAAGGUAGCCAUCGAUAGGGGGCAAAAUGGAACAGUUUAUCAGAAGGAAGCCGAGAGGAAGGGUAGAAUCAGGGCGCAGAGUUUCGUCAAGCUAGGGCGGUCAUAUGUUCAGGCGGUCAAGAGAUACUCUUCGAGGGCAGUGGGUGCCCAGGUUUGGAGGAAAACUGUAGGGGUGCAGGAGAGAGCUGAUCCCAUGGACAGGGCGUCCAUCACUCCAGGGAAGCCUUUGGGGCUUGAGAAUGCUAGAUCCGGUGAAAAGGUAGGUGGAGCUAUGGAUGGAGAAACGAAGGAGAGUAUCAUUGACUUCUCCCCAUCCAAAGAGGAGAACGUGUGGCUGGAAGGGGGAGUUGUAGCGCAUAACAAGGAAUCAUUUGAUCUUUGGUGUGAGAUUAUCUAUCCUUGGGCUUUGGCUCCUCUAAAUGGUGGUAGAAUGGUCUGGUUGAGAAUUUCUGGUGUUCCAUUAAAAGCAUGGUGUGACAGAUGCUUUGAGCGGAUAGCAGCAUCGGUGGGGGAAGUGAUAAUGCUUCAUGCAGAUACCAAAUCAAAAUCUAUAUUGUGUGAUGGAAGAUUUUUAAUUUUAUGUGCUAAAAAGCAUAAAAUCGAAAAGACCAUGAAGUUGAAGGUGGAGGAAAAGCUGUAUGAGAUAAUGGUGGUGGAGGAAGAGUGGCGAGCCGAUCCGGACUGGUGGUUGGCGGAUGAUGAUCGAAACGGUGAGACAUCAUCGGGAUCAGAAUAUUCCUCGUCGGAACAGGGAGAGGAGGAGCCUGAAUUGAUGGCCUCCGUGAUUCGUGGCGAUGAUGAAGCAGAUAUUGAGGAUGAGUUAAUGCAGGAGAAGGGCAUUUUGAAUUUAAAUGAUCAAGAAGUAACGGUAGCCAAGCAAUGGGAAAGAGUGGAGAAGAAUGGGCUUGUAUCAGAAUCGGGCUUGAGGUUGGACUCCAUUUAUGGGCCGAAAGAAGGGACUGGGCCAGAUUUGCGUGCAUGCAAAAUGCAAGUAUUAGGCGGAUUAGGGCUUACUACAGCUUCGGGUAAAGCAGAGGAUCAGCAAAGUGCAUCUGGUGGGGAAUUGAAUAAUAAUUUGCAUUUGGAUGAUUAUGAUUGGGAGAUGAAGGAAUUGAGUGGAACCUCUAGGGGUUUAUUGUGUAUAUGGAAUCGACUUGAGUUUGUAAAACAAGGGGUCAUCUCGGGUAAUGGGUUCUUGCGGAUUAGAGGAGAAUGGGGGCCUAAGAAGGUGAAGUGCAAUUUUGUGAAUUUUUACGCCUCAAAUGACAGGCAGAAGAAAAUGAUAAUGUGGAAUGAUCUUCGGCAAAUGAUAAUGGAAGAGGAAGGGAGAUGGAUGAUUGCAGGGGACUUUAAUGCAGUUAGGAGUCCCAACGAGAGGAAAAGUAGGACAGGGGAGACUCAGGAUAUGAGGGAGUUUGAUGAUUUUGUUGUGUCAACUGGGUUGGUAGAUAUUCAAUUGGCAAAUGGACGGUUUACAUGGUAUCGACCAGAUGGGUCAUCUAUGAGUCGGUUGGAUAGAGUCCUAAUGUCUGGUGAGAUGUACAAUUCGGGAAAGGGAUGGGUGCAGCAUGGACUGAAGAGGACUGUGUCUGAUCAUUGUCCUAUUAUGGUCAAAACAUCAGUAGCUGAUUGGGGACCAAAACCAUUCCGAGUUUUGGAUGCUUGGCAGCAGCACCCACAAUUCAAGAAGGUGAUUGAAGAUAAAUGGAAGGAGCUCGAGGAGGAAGGGUACGCAGGAUAUAGAUGCAAACAGAAGCUUAAGAGGUUUAAGGAUUUUUUAAAAGGAUGGAAUAAGGAAGUAUUCGGAAACAUGGAAACACAUUUUCAGCAUGUGGUUAAGAGUGUAGAACAGAUUGAUUUGAAGAAUGAAGUGAUGGAUUUGGCGGAGGAGGAGGUGGAUCUAAGAAAAGAAGGCUUCCAGCAGUUAUGGGAUAUUUUGUGGAAAAGGGAGGCUAUUUGGAAGCAAAAAUCUAGAAAGGAUCCGGAGAUGGUUAAGGAUGAGAUGGUGAAGUACUUUCGCAAUAUGUUUCACGAUGAUGCUUGGAACCGACCCAUACCUUCAAAUCUGGUUUUCCGGAGAAUUUCUAAAGAUCAGAAGGAGUGGCUUGAAAGGCCUUUUACUGAUGAGGAGAUUGAAGAAGGCUUGAAGAGUUGUGAAGGAAGUAAAGCUCCGGGACCUGAUGGCAGGUUAGUGAGGGGUUUGAAUUCUUCCUUUCUUACAUAUAUCCCGAAGAAACUAAGCCCUAGGGAACUAAAAGACUUUAGGCCUAUUAGUUUAAUUGGCUGUAUGUAUAAAUUGCUAGCAAAGGUGUUAGCUAAUAGGCUUAAGGAUGUGAUGCCGGGGAUUAUUAGCGAAACGCAAUCGGCUUUUGUAGGGGGAAGACAAUUGGUGGAUAGUGUUUUGGUUCUAAAUGAAGUUGUGGACGAGGUUCGUAAGAGGAAGCAACCAGCUUUUGUUUUUAAGGCUGAUUUUCAAAAAGCUUAUGAUUGUGUUAAUUGGUCGUUUUUGGACUGGAUGUUGGGAGCGUUUGGCUUUGGAGAUAAAUGGAGGGGGUGGAUUUUGGAGUGUCUAUCAACUGCCAAGGUAUCGGUAUUGGUAAAUGGUAGUCCGACCAAGGAGUUUGAAAUGGGGAAAGGGCUCAGGCAAGGAGAUUCUUUGUCUCCUUUUUUAUUUCUGAUGGUUGGAGAGGCAUUGCAUGGACUGGUUAAAAAAGCAGAAAAUGAAGGCAUGCUACAAGGGGUAAAGGUGGGUAGGAGGGGGUUGGUGGUCUCCUUGUUACAAUUUGCAGAUGACACAGUUAUAUUGGGUGAGGCAAGCAAAGAAAAUAUCCUCACGGUAAAAGCUAUUCUGAGGAUGCCAGUCGGAGGUAAUCCAAGGUGUAAGAAGUUUUGGGCUCCGGUUGUUAGUAAACUUCGCCAAAAGCUUGCCGUCUGGAAGUUUGCCUUGCUGUCCUUCGGGAGGCGUCUCACGUUGCUAAACUCGGUAGAAAAGAAAGAUCUCGUGGGUAAAAUGGGAAGCUAUUUGUUGGAGCAAGGAGUAAGGAGGGUUAGGGGUUCCGGAUCUGCGUCGGAGAAAUUGGGCGCUAUUAGGGAAAUGGUGAUUUGGGGAGACAUUAUUAGAAUAGGUGGGAAAUCAGAGAAGAUAAAAAGUAUGUUAAGGAAUAGGUUUCGGUGGGAGGUGGGGGAGGGUUGUUGGGUGUGCUUUUGGAGAGAUAUUUGGGUGGGGAAUAAAUCUCUGCGAGAUUUAUUUCCAAGGCUUUUUCAAUUAGCUAUCAACAAGGAAGGUUCGGUAAAGGAGAAUGGUACAUGGGAAGGGGAAAGGUGGAAAUGGGGCAUAGAGUGGAGGAGAGAGAGGAUGGAUCGCGAAAAAGAUGAGGAGAAAGGGUUGGGGGUGAUGUUGGCAAGUAUAAAGUUAAGGAAGGGAGUGGCAGAUUUAUGGCAGUGGAGGUAUGAUGUAGAAAGGAGGUAUGUAGUAAAGACAACAUAUGAAUUUUUAGCUCCUGAGGACCGCUUGCUUGAGGGACAAUUAUGCAAAGUUAUAUGGUGUAAGAUGGUGCCUUCAAAAGUGGGGUUUUUUGGAUGGAGGUUGUAUCUAGAUAGACUUCCCACAAGGUGGAAUUUGCGGAAGAGAGGGGUGGUUUUACAAGGGGACGGUAUGGUGUGUGGGCUUUGCAAAGAGGGUGUGGAGGAUGUUAAUCAUUUGUUUUGCACAUGUAAAGUAGCUUGGUUAGGAUGGGUGAAGGUGUUUAAGUGGUGGGGUGUGGAAGUAGUAAUGCCGGAUACAGUGAGGGGUGUGGUGGAUUUAUUCCUGUGGAGCAAUGGGGAGCUUAAAGAGCAAUUGCUGGAGUUAAUUAAAGUUAAGUCUUAUUUCUGGAUUAGAAAUAAGGAGCAUUAUUGGGAUGACAAUCACCACACUCUUGAUGGUAACAAAUACUGGUGGCCAGGUGCCAGGCUAUGAUGCUAGUAUCAAAGUCCAGUUUGACGCUUUGUUAGAGUAUAUCAUCAGACAUUCCACAGUUACAGUACAGUUCCUCAAGCGUCUUCUCCCCUCUUGUUGCUUCAAAGAAUUGAUGAUCAUACGAAUAGAAAGAAUCUAGCCAA